CGCCGAUGUCAAAUUGAGGUUGGCAUUGCCCUUUGUGCAGUGCAGAAUUAGUAUGUGCUCUGUUACCUCUCACAGUACCAGCACAACAAAAUAAUCAUGAACAACACACGAAUCCCACCUAGCAUGCCCCAGCUCUGAACUCUGACCUAACUGUGAUUGAAAACUCCUGCCAUCAGUGACCUCCUCAUGUGCAUCAUCUUCUUCAAGUUCGACCCUCGGCCUGCAUCCAAAAAUGCCUACAGGCUCAUUCUGGCUGCUAACAGAGAUGAGCUGUACAAUAGGCCAUCCAAGACUGCAGACUUCUGGGGCACCAACAGUGAGAUCCUCAGUGGUUUGGACAUGGAAGAAGGGAAGGAAGGCGGGUCAUGGCUAGGAAUUAGCAAACGAGGAAAACUGGCAGCACUGACCAAUUACUUGGAGGGAAGGCCAAAUCCAGAUGCACAGGGGAGAGGUUCCUUGGUGUCCAACUUUUUGACGGAUAACUUGGACAGUUUUGCUUACCUCCGUAAAGUGUCUUCAGAUGGUCAUUUAUAUAAUGGCUUUAAUCUCCUGACUGCUGACUUCAGGGCCAAUGAAGACACAUUGUGUUACUAUGGAAACAAGGGCAGUUCAGAGCCCAUUCAUCUCAAAGCAGCAGGAAUCUAUGGGUUAAGUAACUCUCUUCUGGAAACUCCAUGGAGAAAACUGCAGCAUGGCAAGCAACUGUUCACCACAGUAGUGAGCAAAACACUGCCCCCUGAUGGCUUAGUGCAAGAGCUGAUGCACGUCCUAAAUAAUGAGGAGCUAAACACCCCGGACCCUGCACAGGAGAGUCAAGGUGUGGGCUACAGUAAGGCCAUGCUCCGAGCCCUGUCUGCAGUGUGUGUACGCUCACCAGGAUACGGCACAAGGACCAAUACGAUAAUCCUCAUCGACAGAGAGGGAAACGUGAACUUUACAGAGCGUAACAUGCUAAACUGUGACGUCAACCAGUGGAGCACAAAUAGCUUCCACUUCAAACUGCAGGAAUGAUGGCCUGGUCAAGGAAGGAAAAGCCUCACGCUGUGCCUGUCUCUAACCAACCUUUGCUCAAGCCAUGCAGCACCACUGUUUCUAUCAUUAUCAAUCUCAAGACAUAACUUUGACUUUCCUGUUGAAAUAGGAGAGAUGUUAAUUGUUUGUACAUUGGCUCUGUUCUGUGAGAAAAGCCUAAGUAAACUUUUCAAGAUAAUGUUUCUUUUUAGCUUUCCUCAUAAAAGGUGUGAAUUUGAGUGCAUGUGAUUCUCUCAGCAUCUGUUUAUUACCCAAAUAUAGAACCCAAAUAAGUAUGAAGUGUGAAAUAAUGUUAUUUAUAAUCCACUGAAUCCUGUUUUAUCAUAACACAAUGUGCAUAAAAUGCUGUUGGACAGAAUAGUUGGGAGGACAACAUGUUUACUGCCAAAUAAUCACUGUGGCUCACAUAAUUUUUUCAACUAGUAGAAAAUAAAUAAUCUUGUUGCAUAUUGGAGCGGUAGUAAUCCACUGAAUAGCACAACUUUCUCUCAGGACACAUUUUGAAAAGCUACAGCCAAAAAUGAAGGAACAGUGUUUUCAGUCAUUUGCUUAACAUAUUAUUGUGAAAAUAAUUUUUUCAUAUUAAAUCAAAUCAUUUUGAUUAAACUU